AUGGACCCUCGUGAUCGUUUCAAGUUGCUUUUCGAAGACGGCAUGGAUGGUGUUAGUCCUGCCGCUAGUCUGAAUAGGCAGCGCGGUACCGGGGAAGGUGUAAGUGAGAGCGGCCCUGGUCACUCUCCACCAGCUCCCCAGCUUCCUCUUACUCGUCAUUAUCCACUUUCAUACAUCCGUACCUACGUCCCCGGAACAGGCGUGCAGGAAGGAUUUGACCAGGAAAGCGAUGAUGAUUAUUUGACUUCAUUAUCUCAGGACCCCGAGUCCCCGCACUCUCCCACACAACCCAGCGACGAUGCCACCUUGAACGCAGCCUCCAACCCCGAUCUUGGCCACUCCGAGGAUUCAACCAUCAUUCUCGCGGAUCAGGGCACUCUGUCUUCUGUCACCUCGUCUUUUACUCCGGCUCUUGCUCUUGCUCGUUUUCCAUUCAGGCAUAUGAGCGGAUCCUUGGCUCACAGAGUCUCCAAGGAGUUUUAUGAUGGAGGGAAGUUCUGGAUGCACGCUUGGGAUUUGUACUACCUGAGUGUUCCAAUGGCCAUCAAUGGAGAAGCAUUGCUUCUCAUUCCCACCGACCAGGCCAUUUCCUUCAUUGCAGAGAUGAGCAAAGCCUUGAACAGCAAGAUUUACCUCACUGGUACUGGUAAAAAGGGUAUGGUGCUUACCUUUGACAAUGACAACAUCCCGCUUCCGGUGUUUCUUGGCCGAAGCAGCAGCUCUGAUAAGAAGGAUCAGCUGGUCCAGACUAUUCCUCCUUCUGGUCCUGACUGGGGAGUUUGGUCAUACAAUGUUGAGGCUGCUGUUAUGAAGGCAUUCGAAGCAAACAUCCGUCUGUCUUUUGAUAUGAUCAAGAAGAAAGAUCCCACGAAGGUGGCCCAGCAAUUGAAAAGGAAGCAAGAGGCCGAAGAACAUCUCGGCCGUGCUAUGGCCUUCUUUGGUCUGCGACCCCCAUGGAGAGCAAACACGCACCAGUCUUCGUUUGCCAACGGUGAGAUUAAACCGAUCGAUCCCACGCGCACCGUCAAAUGGACUUUCCAAGACUCGCCUAUAUUUAUCGCCAUUGAUGUUGAAUGGAAUGAGCGAGAGACCCGGCAGAUGACCGAAGUGGGCAUCUCGAUUCUUGAUACGAUGGACCUGGAAAGUGUGGUUCCGGGCGACUAUGGCGAGAUGUGGGCAGCCCGUAUCCGGUCUCGACACCUGCGCGUGGAGGAAUAUCGCCAGUGGGUCAACAUGGAGUUCUGCCACGGGUGCCCUGAUAGCUUUGACUUUGGCGAGAGCGAGCUUGUCCCAUCUGCCCAUGUCGGACGGAUCGUUGAUAGAGCAUUCAAGCCUCCGUACAUGGUUCCCACUGUCAAAGACCCGGUCAGCUGGUGGAAGAUGCAUACUCGCAAUAUUGUACUGGUUGGCUUGGACAUGAAGAGCGAUAUCAAACAGCUCAAGACCAACAAAAGCCAGGUUUUCCUUGAUUACGAUACGCCUCGUUGUAUCUUCUAUGACACUCUUGACCUAGCAGAGCUGUACCGGGCCGAAUCUGGCGAGCUUCAGAACCGAGGCCUGGCAAAUGUUCUGAGAUCGCUGCAGGUCUUGCAUGUCAACAUGCACAAUGCUGGCAACGAUGCGCACUACAUCCUGCAUGGUCUUGUGCGUCUGAUGAUAAAGGCUGCUGGAGAGAAGCCAUGGGCCUAUGAGGAGGAGGUUGAAGUUUCCACGGGGACCAAGAAGGAUACCAAGGAGGACACCAUGGAGUGA